ACAGUAGCAAAUGGCUAAAAUGGAACUCACACCGAUUAGACCCUGGGAUGAUUUUUUUCCAGGUUCCGACCGAUUUGCAAAACCCGAUGUGAGAGAUUUACCCAAAUGGAACAAAAGGGUUGUUAACAACUUGCUUUACUAUCAGACAAACUAUCUGGUGUUGGCAGUCAUGGUGUUCCUGAUAGUGGGGUUCCUGAAUCCUAUUGGGAUGUUCAUGGGCAUGGCGGUGGUGUCACUGGUCUUCCUGGGAUCCGUGUGGGCUGGCGAAAAUAAAGCCAUGAUCAAGGACUUUAAAAAACAGAACCCCACAUUAUUUGUUAUGGCCGUGAUGGUAGCAAGCUACUUCCUUAUGUCCCUCUUUAAUGGCGUCAUGGUCUUCAUUUUUGGGAUCACAUUUCCUCUUCUCUUGAUCUUUAUGCACGCCUCACUUCGCCUUCGCAACAUGAAGAAUAAACUGGAGAAUAAGAUUGAGGGAGCGGGCCUAAAGAAGUCCCCCAUGGGUAUUGUCCUGGAGGCGCUGGGACAGCAGGAAGAGAGCCUACAAAAGAUCCAUGAAUUCCUGGAGGGAAAACUGAAGGAAUGAUGAGGACACAUGCCCAGUCCCUGUGUCGUCGUAGGGUUCCCAUCAGCCCUCCUGGCCUCUGGUGGGAAAGCAUGCAUUUGCACACUCCCUUUUAGCGUGCAAUCUCAUUGCAUGCAGUUAAUGUCGAAUGGGAAUGAUUAUACAUCUCGGUUUUCUAAACCAUCAGCUGCAAACCAUAUAGUCUAUUGGAAAUGCAGGUGUACUGUGUUUGUUUAGACUAGAGAACAUGUGAGAACAAAUCACAAGCUUUAGUUUUACCUCAGGAUAUUUGUUACUCCACCCAGAACUGCUAAGGUCGCUUCUUACCUCAAUACUUUCUCACAUACUUGCUAAGUAACAUUGCAAACAUGUUGUACAUAAGUCUUCCCCUUUGAAUAACCUCACUGUGUCCAUGGUAGUUGGACAAAUGUUUCUGAAUCCUUUUGAAAUAUUUAUAUUUUGUGACUUUUGUAAAUAUACAGUGACACAUUGAAAACAUGGUGGUAAAAGCUAAACUGUGUCAGAUUGUCACUUGGUUUGAAACAACAGAAACUAUAUUGUUCCAUGAAAUAAUUCACAAUUAUAUGGCAACGUAAGCAGUAGAAAAUUAGCUUUUUAAAAUACAGUACAUUCACCCUUUUAUUGAUGAAAACAUUACAAUGUGAAGUUUAAUUUGUGAAAUGCAGAAAUGAACCUCCUUUACUAAGUUUCACUAUCUGUUUGUAUUUGUCUUAGUGCUUGAUAAAGUAUCUGUGUAAUCCACUCUUUAACAUAUUAUGCUUAAUUAUUAGAGUUAGAAAUAGACAGUCUUGCUUAUGAGUUGGGAAAUACAGUUAAAUGAAGUUGAAAUAAGUAUGCAGUUUCACUGCCAAACUAUUCUGAAGGGUUUCAAGUCUUUAGUUUUGUACCAGGUGUUUCUUCUCACUAAAUUCCACAGUUUAUUUAACCACAACAUAGGAUGGAAAGUAGAAUGACGUUCUACAUGCCACGCUGCAAAAAUAAAAAAGUAUGAUUGUGAAUUUCAGG